UGUGCCAAUCAAGGCGCCAGUGGGAGGAGUUCGGGGACUCGGAGGUGUGUCUGAACAACGCGAGUCUGCAGCUGCAUAGUGUGUCUAAGUCGAGGAGUAAUGGCAUGAGUGUAGUGCUUUUACACUAUUUAGGCAAGCUUUCUUUCAGCGUGAGUUGGAAACUAAUAUUUGAGUAUUUCUACUUUCACACCAGUCGCAAAAUUGGGACUCAAAGCGCUGAGAGACGUAGCAAAGGACAGUCGGGCAAACUGUUAACUGACUCAACCAAAGUCCCCAAACUCGCAGGGUGAGGAGCCGUCAAACGGUUCAUCCUUUCUGUCUCUUUCAAGCAAGGAUACGUCGCUGGACAUGUGAAUUUAAAGGAGAUACCUGCCAAGCACGACCAUGAAACCAACGUCUGCCCUUUGUUGCUUCGGCUUUCUCCUCACAAGCUUCUUGUUUGAGUUCGGCUCUUCACAAUCAGUAUGUGCUGGAACAGAGAACAAGCUAAGUACGCUAUCGGAUCUGGAGCAGCAGUACCGGACGCUGAGGAAAUACUACGAGAACUGCGAGGUCGUAAUGGGCAACCUUGAGAUCACAAGCAUAGACCGCAGUCGGGACCUCACCUUCCUCAGAUCCAUCCGAGAAGUGACGGGGUAUGUGUUGGUGGCUCUGAACCAGUUUGAUUACCUGCCCCUGGAGAACUUGAGGAUAAUUCGAGGAACCAAGCUGUACGAGGACCGCUACUCGCUUGCAAUUUUCCUGAAUUAUAGGCGCGAUGGAAACUUCGGCCUGCGGCAGUUGGGUCUGAAAAAUCUCACAGAGAUUCUUAGUGGAGGUGUGUAUGUUGACCAGAACAAGUUCCUCUGCCAUGCGGACACAAUCCACUGGCAGGACAUUGUCAAGAAUCCACGGGCCCAUCCUGUAGUGGUGCCAACUAAUAGUAGUGUCACAUGUCAAAAGUGCCAUCGGACCUGUAAUGGCCGUUGCUGGGGCCCAAAAGAGAACCAAUGUCAAAGCUUAACUAAGACGGUGUGUGCCGAGCAGUGCGACGGCCGCUGCUUCGGUCCCUAUGUUAGCGACUGCUGCCAUCGUGAGUGUGCAGGGGGCUGCUAUGGCCCAAAGGACACAGACUGCUUUGCUUGCACAAACUUCAAUGACAGUGGAGCAUGUGUAACCCAGUGCCCUCAGCCAUUUGUCUACAACCCCACCACCUUCCAGCUAGAACACAACCCGAGGGCAAAGUACACCUAUGGAGCUUUUUGUGUCAAGAAGUGUCCACAUAACUUUGUGGUGGACCAUAGCUCCUGUGUAAGAGCCUGCCCUAGCAACAAGAUGGAAGUGGAAGAGAACCGCAUUAAGAUGUGCAUCCCUUGUACCGACAUCUGCCCAAAAGCGUGUGACGGAGUAGGUACAGCCAGUCUACAGACCGCUCAGACUGUGGACUCCAGCAACAUUGACAAGUUUGUCAACUGCACCAAAAUCAAUGGCAACUUGGUGUUCCUUAUUACUGGAAUCAAAGGGGACGUCUAUCACAACAUCGAAGCUUUGGACCCUGAAAAACUCAAUGUAUUUCGGACCGUUCGAGAAAUUACUGGCUACCUUAACAUCCAGUCUUGGCCUGACAAUAUGACUGACUUGAGCGUUUUCUCAAACCUGGCAACUAUUGGGGGAAGAGCAUUGUACAGUGGGAUCUCCCUGCUGGUGUUAAAGCAGCAGGGCAUCUCAUCACUUCAACUUCAGUCACUAAGAGAGAUCAGCGCUGGGAACGUCCACAUUGCAGAGAACAGCCAGCUUUGCUACUACAACACCGUCAACUGGACAAGACUGUUCCGUACUGCAAACCAAAAGUUUCAGAUCCGCAACAACCGAAGUCCGCAGGAGUGCUCCAGGGAGCACAUGGUGUGUGACCCACUGUGCUCAGAUGCUGGGUGUUGGGGUCCCAGCCCAGACCAGUGCCUCUCCUGUCAGUACUUCAGCCGUGGACGAACUUGUGUGGAUAGCUGCAACCUUUAUGAGGGGGACAUCAGAGAGUAUGCCAACGGGUCAGUGUGUGUGGAGUGUGAUGCCCAGUGCGAACGAGCAGACGGCGCCUCCCUGACCUGCAAUGGCCCGGGCCCAGAGCAUUGUGUGAAAUGUCUUCAUUUCAAGGACGGUCCAAACUGUGUGGAAAAGUGUCCUGAUGGCCUGCAAGGUGCCAACAGCUUCAUCUUCAAGUAUGCCGAAGUCAACAAUGAAUGUCAUCCCUGUCAUGCCAACUGCACCCAGGGAUGUAUUGGACCAAGACUCCAAGACUGCAUUGGCUGGAUGGACAGAACGCCUCUUAUUGCAGCUGGAGUGAUCGGCGGCCUCUUCAUGGUAGUGAUCAUGUUCCUGAGCGUAGCAGUGUCUGUGCGCCGGAAGAACAUUAAGAAAAAGAGGGCACUUCGUCGCUUCCUUGAGACAGAGUUGGUGGAACCUUUAGCACCAAGUGGAACAGCUCCGAAUCAAGCCCAGCUUCGCAUCCUGAAAGACACAGAACUCAAAAGAGUCAAGGUUCUUGGGUCUGGAGCAUUUGGAAAAGUUUACAAGGGUAUUUGGGUCCCAGAGGGGGAGACUGUGAAGAUUCCUGUAGCCAUUAAAAUCCUUAAUGAGGCCACUGGACCCAAGGCUAAUGUGGAGUUCAUGGACGAGGCUUUGAUCAUGGCUAGCAUGGAGCACCCACACCUGGUCCGAUUGCUGGGAGUCUGUCUGAGUCCCACAAUCCAGCUGGUGACACAACUGAUGCCCCAUGGCUGCCUGCUUGACUAUGUCCACGAGCACAAGGACAAUAUUGGUUCACAGCUCUUGCUCAACUGGUGUGUCCAAAUUGCCAAGGGUAUGAUGUAUCUGGAGGAGCGUAGGUUGGUCCACAGAGAUUUGGCUGCCCGAAAUGUUCUCGUCAAAUCUCCAAACCACAUCAAAAUCACUGACUUCGGCCUGGCUCGGCUGCUGGAUAUCAAUGAGAAAGAAUACAAUGCGGAUGGAGGAAAGAUGCCUAUCAAAUGGAUGGCCCUGGAAUGUAUCCAUUACAGGAAGUUUACUCAUCAGAGUGACGUUUGGAGUUAUGGUGUAACCAUAUGGGAGCUGAUGACCUUUGGAGGGAAACCAUAUGAUGGAAUUUCCACUAGAGAUAUUCCAGAUCUGCUGGAGAAAGGAGAGCGUCUUCCUCAGCCUCCUAUCUGCACCAUUGAUGUCUACAUGGUCAUGGUCAAGUGCUGGAUGAUCGAUGCUGACAGUCGACCCAAGUUCAAGGAGCUGGCUGCGGAGUUCACUCGGAUGGCUCGGGAUCCCCAACGUUACCUGGUCAUACAGGGUGAUGACCGCAUGAAGCUACCCAGCCCCAAUGACAGCAAGUUUUUCCAGAGUCUCCUGGAUGAAGAGGAACUGGAGGACCUGAUGGAUGCUGAGGAGUAUCUCGUACCCCACUCGUUCAACGUUCCACCGCUGGCAUACACUCCUCGCACACGCAUGGACUCUAACAAGAACCAGUAUGGCUGCCAGGAACCUAGUUUUAGCAUGGAGAACAUGCUGGCCACCCUUCCCAGAGUGGUUCCAUCGGUGUCUGGAAGCAGUCUCCCUCCACAGGAACUUGCUUCAGGGGGACAAAUUGGUGGUGGAUUUGGCCGGAGCAAUCAGGAUGACCCUCGCUGUAACGGCACCUUGAGAAAACAGGCGUCCCCAAGAUCAAGUACCCUUGGAGCUGUUUCAACUCUCACUGCAGGACAAGGCGGAGGUGAGGACAGUAGUGGACAGCGUUACAGUGCAGAUCCAACUGGUCUUUUAGCAGAGCGGGGAGCAAAGGGAGACAAGGACAAGGAUGGCUACAUGACUGCUAUGAGAGACAAGAAAACUUCAGAUUAUCUCAACCCUGUAGAAGAAAACCCCUUCGUCACGCGUCGUCGGAAUGGCGAUGCCCAUGUAGUAAUUGAUGGAGCAAGUUGCCACACCUUGCACUUGGCUGGAGCCUCUGUACCCUCUAAAAGCCAGUCCACCCACAGUGAUGAUGAAUAUGUCAACGAGCCACUGUAUCUGAAUACAUUCCUUAACCCUGGGGACAAGAAUGGAUUGGCUGGAGCCGUUUCCAUCUCAGCUUCUACAUCGUCUGCUGCACAAUCAAUCCUGCAGACAGUGAACCCAUCAUCGAGCCACAUCGUUUCCUCAAGUGGAUAUGUGGUAACCCCCGGGCAACUCCCCCACUCAUCGUAUCCAUCGCACACUUUACAUCCAGGACAUUCAGGACACGCUCUGCACUCAGGCGUCACCAGCAGCACCAUAAUGUUUGAUAAGAAAGGCAAGAAAGCCACUUUUGACAAUCCUGAGUAUUGGCAGCACAGUCUCCCUCCGAAGUCCUCGCUGCACAACCCAGAGUACCUGCAGGACUGCAGCACACGUUUCUUUUACCGGCAGAACGGACGCAUUCGCCCUGCUGUGGCAGAAAACCAGGAAUACUUGUCUGAGGCUGCUAUGAAAGCUGGGAACGUAUUGCCACCUCCCCCAUACAGGCAGAGGAACACUGUGGUGUAGUGACUCGCCUGUAGCGCCUGAAAGAAUUAAAAGAGAGAUAUGGUGGAGAUAAAUAGUCCUCUCUUUUUCAUGCCGUAGUUCUCCACCUGGGUUCUUUUUGCACCUUCUCUGAACACUUCUAUAUGUCAUGUCUGAUUGCAAAUCUUGUACUCUCUCUCUAAGGAUCUGCCUUUUCAUGACCAGGAACUACAAUAACUGUCAAUAAUGGCCUCAGUUCACACUCAGACUGUCUUUUAUUAAAUCCAUUCCUGGCUAUGACCCCUAAAGCAACUGGAGGCAUUUCAGAGAGGGUGGCUCUGUCCAGAAGAAAACUGCUCUGGCAUCUCCAGCGUCAAAAAGGUUUUUGAACACAAUCAAAGAUUGAAAAAGAGAAAUAUGAGAAGCUGAGAUUAGCCCAAAGAGGAUUAUUUUGAAGAUCUUACAAGAUGAGUUUAUUCAUGAAUCGUUGCUCACUACAUGUUUUUUUUUCCUUUUUUUUUUUUUCUUUUUUAACGCAUUUGCAACCAGGUAGUCAUUUACAUUGUUGUAUUCAAUGUAUUGCGUGGGUGAAAUAUAAUGUGAAAUAUGGCUUCACAGUUGUUUUGACUUACUAGCAAACAUGCAGUCAAGCUGAGAUGACCAGAUGUGGCCUCUUUUCCUGCCCACACGCUUCUUUGACUUAUAUUUUACUGCACCAGUAAUGUAAUUAAAAUAUUUAUCACAUACAGCUCAUAGCAUACCUGGAACAAGUCAACAUGCCUGAAGGUUUGACACACUAAUAAUAACCAUACAUUAAUUUACAUAUAAACACACAUUGAAAGGUGAGCCUGCUGCCACUUGAAAUAUAUUCUGGAGGAGAUUGACCUUGUGCUGGAUGACAGAGCAUGGAGAUAAUGGCAGUCAGUGGUGUGGUGCGGAGAAAAGGGGUCAGCAGAAAAGAAAAUGUCACCAUGGCUGUGAUAUCACCUAGUACCUGGUUGAAAGCAUUUGACAGAUUAUGCCAUGGCUACGUUGGGACUUUAAAGGUUGAUUUCUUAGAAGAUGACCCUUUAAUUCCCACUCUUGCUUUUGGUCCUGUUCCCCGUUGACUAGACAAAUCCAGUCAGAAGAGCCAGUAAACCAGCCAGUUUAAAAAUUGCUGAAAGCAGGAUUGUGACUGGCUUAACCAACGAUGCUUGCAUUUCAAGAAAUUCAGUUUCAGAUGAACUGGUAUGCGAAUUUUGACACCUGAUUUUGGACAAAGCAUUUUAAUACAAAAAGUAUUUCAAAUCUUUAGACAACAGUUUUUAUUAUUUUCUUUUAACUCAUCAGGGGUCUGUUUAAUUUGUUGUCUUGUCUUACAAAUACACUGUAUUUGAUUAGAGAAUGAUGGUCAAAACAGCACAGACAGCUGCCCACACUGUGGACAUGACACAGAGGCUAACCCUACAUUUUAUAAGCUGAUUACAUUACCAGACAGGCACAAUCCUGGAACAGGCUCUAUGAACCAAGCCAGCUCCUCAAAGAUGUUGAAGUACAUCAAAGACCAGUGUAAAAUAUGUUUUUGCACAUUUAUGUGUUCAUAAACACAAAAAACUAAUUGAUUUAGUUUUCUGUUCCAUCUGUGUUGAUUAAAAUGGAAUAGACGGAUGGUUAUCAAAACUCUGUGAAGAAACCUCCACUGUGUUUUUAAUAUAGAAUACUAAAUCAGAAUGGAACUCUUUUGUAUUGUUGUUUGACAAUAAUGGUGAGACAUUAAAAUUUAGAGCUGAAACUACUGAUAGCUAGCUUCCUAUACUCAUACAGUACUGCCAGAUGCCACAUUAAACUCUGAUGGAGAUCACUAGCAUCUGUCGUCAAAUGACAUUGAAGCCUAAUUUAGGAGCUGCUGAUAAUUUAAUAGCACUUAAUGCUCUGGGACAGCUAAAUGACUUUGCUGUUAUUCUCGCUCUAAGCAACAAUUCAUGCAGAUCUUUUUUUUACAUUGCAUUGCAACUAUAAUUUACUGUGACACAACGUUUUAGUUUAAACAGCAUUUUACUAAUGAGGAAACAUUAUCACUGUAAAGACAUAAUAGCGCUAAGUGGGAUUGGUGGCACACAGUGAUAUUCAACAUCAGGGAAAAGUUGCACUUUUUUAAUGGUGGGACUAUCAUGAGCUGAAAUUGCCGAAAUUUUAAUUCGCAAUAGAGGUCAACUCCACAAACACUGGAUUUUGCUUCUCUUUUAAUAGCAUGUUUUUAUUAUAAAUUAUCAUCUUCUUAAUACCUCUCUAUUGACUUAGCUUAUGUUUAAAUUGAUAUUUUCCUACAAUUCAGCACAUGCCACAUCAUGGCAAUUUGUCAUGAGCUACUGGGUCUUAAAUUUUUACAACUGGGCAGACAUUUUCAAUGUACAUGCUGUUAGGUGAGGACCUUUACAGAAAGCAGAAGCUCCUACUUGUAAAGUGGUAGAAACAAAGUGGUAGAAUUUAAGUUCUACUUAGUCUACUACUGACUGUAUACUCAUCUUAACAUGUUGAUGUGAAACAUUUACUUUUUACAUUUUUUUCAACCUCUAUUUGUUUAGCUUUAGGCAUCAUAAAUUCUUGGUUAGGUUUAGGAAAUCAUUAUAGUUUGGUGUAAAUACACUUUAAGAUACAAGUACACUUAUCCCUGCUGUAACAUUUGUUCCAUUUUCAGAAUGACCACCGUAAUAUGAAUCUCCAUCUGAUAACAUAUUUCAUACUAUAUUCAUUUAUUAAGGGACUUUUGAUGAGUACUAUUCUGCAAAUGUAAAAUUAUUACUUAAGCGAUACUCUGUGAUAGAUAAUGUGAGUGAGCUGCAAAGCAGGUGGCGCAACCCUUGCACCAAAAAGACACUUGGAAAUCUCCAGAUUAACUUGGAUAUACCAGAAGAUUUACUAUAUUAAAAUAUUAAUGCCUGAUGAUAUUGCAAUAUUACACCUCACAUACCUCCAAAGGCAAGUUAACCCAUACUGUCAGUCCGGUGAUAACACCUGCUCUUAAAGAUGGGGACUGUCUAAUCUAUGUCCCACUACUGAUGUAUGUGGCAAUGUACAAGCACUGUUACACAACCUUGUGCCUCUAUAUUAUAGAUUCCAAUGAGCAGUGAAGAUGAUUUACUACUGUACAAAGCACACAUGUUAGCCUGGCACAGUGUUUUGUCCAACUCUCAGGUUUUAUGGGGAAUAAUAAUCAUCCAGUUGCUCUCCAGCUGAGGCACAAGUUGUCAAAUCAUAAAGGGAUUUUAAACCAGUUGAAAUAAAAACACAAUAGAAGUUAUAUUAGCGGCAUAAUACAGCAGUACAUGCACGGAUGAAAUGUGCAGCUUAACAGAAAUGUGAAUUUUACAGUAAAUUUUACUGUAUUAAGUACAGCAUCACUUCAGCAUUGGCUUUGUUCUGUUACUUGUCUGAUUCGGCUGUGCUAUAUCUGCAGAUAUUUUAAAAAUUGUAAUUGUUCUACUGAUUUUUGCUUUACUGUUUUGGAUUCACACGUAUGUGUAUAUUUUCUGUGUAAAUGUGUGGAGUGAAACGGUCCCCUCUGUGUUUACGUUAGUUUUGUAUGUUUAUCACCCAUGAGGCAUGUGGACUACUUUAGGGAAAGGCAGGAGAGAGGCACCAAAAGGCUUGAAGUAUGUGGGAAAAUAAAGCCAAUCUAUGGAAGAGAAAAUCUGCUGGUACUCUCAGCCAGCAACCAUCACAGGGGCUUUUAGCUUUUUGAAUGCUAAUUCAUCCACUUUCCCAUGUUGUUCUGUGGGGAAAUCAUGUUACCCAACAUCUCACCCAGUGCACCAGCUGAGAAGCCCUGAAUGACAGGCAAUAGGUUGUAAUCCCGCUGUGAGGUUAAAACUAUGGUAUUAGCAUUCAAGAAAUGUUACCCAACCAAUGCAUCAAUGUUACAAAAGCCAGGAGGGGAGAGAGUAUGAGUGCACUGUAACUGGGAGAGAGGGGCAAAGUUAAAUGCCAUUCUUUAUUUCUCCUUACAGGUGACUGUUGAAUUGCAUGUAGCAAACACUGUUCUGCAGCAGAUCCAGGUAUAAUGGAAAGGCAGCAGAAUGUGGGAUGAACACGAACAGAAUGGUGCAAAAAGGGAAACUGAUCAUGAUCAAAUGUUAACAUGAGUCAUAACUUGCUGUGAAAAUAUGUUAUACCUCAUAGGUAUAAUACAUAAAUUGUGUAAAGGAGCACAACUCCUUUAAAUAACUAAUAAAACUGGAUGGUUAUACCCAGUAAAUUUACCUUAAAGUAACAGUACAAUUUAUUUUGUGCACCUACAUUGGUUGUUGCAAGAAUGUGUGUUUUUAAAAAUAUGUAAUCUCAUUAUGAACAGUGUCCUUUUUCUUUGACUCUUAUUUGCUCUUAAAGGUUGCAUUGUGAGUUUUCUUUUCUAUUUUUAAUUUGCAGUUACAUCAUCUUUUUUUUUUAUUUUUAUUUUUCCUUUUCAUUAACUUUAGUGGGUGUGCUAGCUGUGUCACAGUUUAGAGGUUGGAUAUCUUUUUAUUAAGAAAAACUCAACUUGUAUAUCAUUGCCGAAUGAAACUAACAAAAAAAUUUAACCAAGUAGCUGUUCUCAACUAAUUUAAGUAGCAGAGGUUAUCAGAGAGAGCUUUGACAAUGUCUGGUAUGGUUUGCAUACUUCUUCUCAGCAAAAGUUUAACAACAGUUUGUUAGAGCAGAUCAGUUUAAAUAUCCAAACUUAAAAAUUAAAUGUCCUCAAUUAAUUUUUUACCAUGGCUAAACAUGGGUAAUCUUUCUAAACCUUACUCCAGCCCUCAAAUUUUGAAGUAGUUUAUUUCUUUUCUUUUUUUUUUUUUUCUUUACACUACACCAUGCAAUACUUCUCAUUUUAUACGAGUUCAUGAGGAUCUUCUGACCACUCAGGUUAAAAACUGAUUGGUGCACUACUGUAUAAAACAGAAGAGUGCUAAUGUUAAAUGCUUAGGUCCUCCACAGCAAAAGCCAGCUUACUUUUUUUAGUCAUAUUUUGUAGGACCUUUGCCGCGGGACAGUCCUUGUCUGUCCGUUAAGAUCUAUCCGGCCUAGAAAAGAGAGCUUUGGUGGUUUAAAAUCUUGAACUGGGACAGGAAACUGUAUUUAUAGAGCAUGUUCUAUUUCUAUUUCUAUUCUUUGAUUAUUCAUGUCAGAACAUUUUUCACAAAUGAAUUAAGCACGCGAUGUAACACAUUACAUUUCAGAUACCACAACAAAUCACUCAUCCAGAGACACAUUUGUUCUGUGUUUUACAAAAGAAAUAGAUGAAUAAAAAAAAAAAUCUCAACUUAUUUUUUAAGGGAAACACAAAGCAGUUGAUAAACAUGCAUUCUAACAUUAAAUAGAAUGAGACUGUGUAUGGCAGUCAUAGUGUGAUUUUGCACUGAUUCAUACUGUAGAUGUAAAUUUACAAUGCCAUGAUAAGGGAGGUGGAUGACAGUGGUUAUGUAAGCACAGUUUACAAUGUAUUUAACUGAUGGUAAAAUGGUAAAAGGGAAUUAAUAAUUGUCUUUUGACUAAGACAUUUAGAAAAUAGGUUGCUCAACAAUUUUGCUAUAAUAAAAUUAAAAUAAAAAAUUGGAUAAUAUUUUUUAUAGGUGACAAAAAGGUGGCAAGGUUCAUCUGUAAAUAGAGCAAUGAUGCUUUUUUUCCAGCUGAAGAUUUUCUUUUUAAAUCUUGCAUUGUUGCAUUGUUAGUGGUCUACUGUAUCCUAAUCUUUACUUUGGGGAAUAUCUUUUCUUUAUGUAUAUAGAUAUAAAUAUAUAUAUACAGUAAAUAUAUAUAUUCUGUAAAUGUAGUUUUAACAGUGAACUCCGACAUUAAAAAUGCUUGCAGGGUCUUCUUGUCACUUAUCCACCCUAUCAUAUCCCCCUGUGAUCGUGUGAUUGUGUUUUCAGCACAACUUGGUGGAAUUUGUGUUUCAGCCUCUGCUCUUGCUCACUUUGUAGGAGUGAAUUCCACUCUCGUUUUUUUACUGGAUAUAUUAUAAACAUAUUACCCCACAUGCACACUUCUCUGUGUCAUUCACUUUUUUGUUUGUUUUGUUAUUUUUUAAUUAUGCACACUUGAUGCUGUUACAGUACUAUGAAUAUUCAGUAUAGCAUCCCUAAAAAAAACGUUAUAAAUCCACCAGUGUCACUUUACAUGUGAGUUUUUAAGGACCUGAAGUAUACUAUUUCUUCUUGAGUAUUUCCAUGUCUGUUUUUACUGACCUCAGUCAUUGCUUAUGUUUUAUCCAUUUGGGGCAAUACUGACUGAUUGGAGUAGCAAUAUCACAUUGUAGUCCUGAGACUGAUUUUUAUAAUGUUUGAGAAAAAAAAAUGGGAGACAGACUGCAUGGGCAGGAUUAUUCAUUCAAAUUUCUGUUAUUUUCUUGUGCAGAUGAAGCCAGAUAACUACUCUGACUUUAACAAGACUUCACUCUUUUCCAGAAGCCCUAUUUUUACAGCAAACUUAUUUUCAUUUCACUGGAUUUUUAGGGCCUAUUUUCCAUUAUGCCUACUAUUUGAUGUGAAUACUGCCACCAAAAUCAUCAUAGUGAACUAUUUUUCAUCUGAGAACUGUAGCAAAUGUGUUGGUAGCAAUCAAGCAGUGCAUUACAAAUCUGGUAACACAUGUUUAAGAACUAAACCUGAAUGGUUUAUUCAAUUUAUUAUGUAAAUUUGCAGAGCAUAAAUCUGUUGAUGCAUCGGAUUAUAACUGUCCUUGCAUUACAUAUUUCAGCUGUAGUAGAUCCGAGCACAGUUUGUGUUGUUUUUGAAGGAAGUGAGUCAGACAGCUUUAUUCAGUUGUUUUCUGAUAACAUUGUGUACUUUUCUAGUAAGCGUUAAUAGGAUUUUGCUUCGUGUCAGAAUUUUAACCAGUUUAAAUUUGGGUAAUUUUGAAUAUUUUUCAUUGUGUUUGUUCUAUAUAAACAACAUAAUGUUGGUAGAUUAUGGCACACAUACUGUUGAAAAGUCUUCUGGCUUUUGCAUUCAAUGAUUUUGGUGGCAACUGUUUUAUUUUACAGGUUCCAGCAUUUACAUGUAUAGCUCGGAGCUGGGAAAGCUCCUUAAACCUUAUUCAAUCUGUUUAUUGACCUACACUAAAGUUUGUAAGGGUAUUCUUAUCAUUAAAUCAUCAGUUCUUUGUACUGGCUCAUCAGAAUGAUUGAGAACUAAGUUUUAUAGAGUGUACUUUGUCACAUUUCCGUGUUACUUUUCAUUGCUCAAUUGACAUUUUUCCCCCAAUCGAGAACAUUGAAAUACAUAGUCCCUCUGUUUUGUUACAUGAAUCUGUCAAAAAUAUAUUUUUAAUUCAAUAUGAAUAAAGAUCAGUCAGUAUUUAA